GACUAUGGCUUCUGCAGCAGCAGACGGGGAGAAGGGAUCUCCGGUUGUGGUGGGGCUGUUGGUCGUAGGCAACAUCAUUAUUCUGCUGUCAGGCCUGGCUCUGUUUGCUGAGACCGUAUGGGUGACAGCUGACCAGUACCGGGUGUACCCACUGAUGGGCGUCUCGGGCAAGGAUGACGUCUUCGCUGGGGCCUGGAUUGCCAUCUUCUGCGGCUUCUCCUUCUUCGUGGUGGCCAGUUUGGGUGUGGGAGCAGCACUCUGCCGCCGGCGGUCCAUGAUCCUCACGUACCUGGUGCUCAUGCUGGUCGUCUACAUCUUCGAGUGCGCCUCCUGCAUCACCUCCUACACCCACCGCGACUACAUGGUGUCCAACCCGUCCCUCAUCACCAAGCAGAUGCUCACCUUCUACAGCGCAGACUCCGACCAGGGCCAGGAGCUGACCCGCCUUUGGGAUCGCAUCAUGAUUGAGCAAGAAUGCUGUGGCACAUCUGGCCCCAUGGACUGGGUGAACUACACAUCAGCCUUCAGGGCGGCCACUCCAGAGGUGGUGUUCCCCUGGCCUCCGUUGUGCUGCCGCCGGACGGGAAACUUCAUCCCCCUCAACGAAGAUGGCUGCCGCUUAGGACAUGUAGACUACCUGUUCACCAAGGGCUGCUUCGAGCACAUUGGCCACGCCAUCGACAGCUACACCUGGGGCAUCUCGUGGUUCGGCUUUGCCAUCCUGAUGUGGACGGUGAGCGGCGGGAGCCCACGGGCUGGGGGGACGGGGUGUCCGCGGGGCACCCCCCACCUCACUGCCUCCCCACCAGCUCCCUGUGAUGCUGAUAGCCAUGUACUUCUACACGACGCUCUGAGCAACAAGGAGAGGCCACCCGCGCACCUCGGUGUCCCCACCCUGCUGCUCCCGCCUCCUCCAGCUGGGGCCUCCACGGCCACCUGGCCCCUCCACGGCCACCUGGCCCCUCCCCUCUUCCAAUCCCAAGAUUCUUUUCCAGGUUUCUAAGCCCUGCUGGCCCUAGGGGUGUCCUCCAAACCUCUGGGUUUGUGUGCCUGUGCCCUUUGCCCUUGGCCUCACAUCACCAGGCUGAUUCCUGACCCAUCUUUAGGUGUCAACUUAAAGGUCCCGUCCUCGGGGACUUCCCUGACCACGCCCACCUGCUGUUAUUUCAUUAUCUGUUGAAGCUCUGGUAGACUAGGAUUGCCAUCAGGGGAGGGACAAGUUUUAUGAUGAUCACUUUACUGUCCCCAUCAUUACCCAGUUCAGGACUUAGCAUGGACCAGAUUUUCAAUAAAUGCUGAUGGAUGGAUGGA